CCAGGCUGGAAUCCAAUCAAGUCAUUAGGAGUAGGAGGGGCCUGAGCCAAGUUCCCAUCACUUGGUUUUGGACAACAGAGAAAAGCAGCAGCGCUCACUGACAACAACAAAAACUCUGGGUUUUGUGUGAAAAGUUGUAAUGGGGUUCAGGGAGGUGGUUCUGUUCGGGUUUGUGCUUCUCCUCUCAGAUGGAAAUCUUAGUGCGGCCACAGAAAGCUGGUUUAACAUCAGUACCAAUGAGACCCUGAAUCAAAUCCCACAAGCACAAGUGACAACAAGCUUACAGCUGCCGAGGUCACUUCAGACAACAGGUCGUCAGUCAAACCGGACGGAGCACAGUGAUCCGGUCCGAUCUCCUGUCACCUACCAGCUCAAGAGCUACCAGCUCAGGAAUCCGGCUGUCGGCAAACAAAAGCCACUCCAGCCUCUCGCGGAGCAGAUGCAAACUUCUCAAAACCCACAGAGCUUCAAAACACUGACCUCAGAGCAGCUGGAGGGGAGGGAAACUGUUCAAGCUCAAGAGCUGUUAAAGUUGCCGGUUCAAGGCCCAGAUCUGAACCCACCUGUCAAGCAGAGAUCAAAGGUGAAGUUCGAGCAGCGGGUGCCAGUGCCAGCCGCCAGCGUGGCAGUGCGCUGUGGUGAGGGAGAGGUCACCAUAGAGGUCAAACAGAACUUCUUGGGAAACAGACAGCUCAUCCGUCCAAGUGAUCUGACCUUGGGAGGGUGUGCUGCUCUCCACGCUUCUGACCACAUCCUGCAGUUCCAGACGGAGCUACAGGGCUGUGGCAGCACACUGACGAUGACUGAAGAAGCCCUCGUCUACUCCUUCGCUCUGAUAUACUCUCCAACACCCAUUGGAAACACUGUCAUUUUAAAGACCAACCCUGCCAAGGUGGUAAUUGAAUGCCACUAUGGAAGGAGGCAUGUUGUGAGCAGCAACGCUAUGAGGCCUACCUGGAAGCCUUUUGCCUCCGACACGUUCGCAGAACAGCAGCUGCACUUCUCCCUGCGUCUCAUGACAGAGGACUGGCAGUCACAGAGACCUUCUAAUGUUUACUUCUCGAGUGACGUGAUGCACAUUGAGGCGGCGGUCCUCCAUGGUCACCAUGUUCCUCUGAGGGUCUUUGUGGACAGCUGCGUGGCCACCGUGAACCCCGACCCCGCUUCUCAUCCCAGAUACCCCUUUGUCAACAACCACGGGUGUUUAAGCGAUGCUAAGCUGACAGGAGCCAAGUCUUACUUCAUGCAGAGGAGCCAGGAGGAUAAACUUCAUUUCCAGCUGAAAGCCUUCAGGUUCCACCAAGAUCACAGUAAUUCACUCUACAUCACAUGUCACCUGAAAGCGACGACAGUCUCCAUGCCCAUUGACUGGCAACGCAAAGCGUGUUCAUUCUUGACUGAAGCAAACAGAUGGGUGGCAUCAGGUGGAGACAAUAAGGUGUGUAGCUGCUGUGAGACCAGCUGCAGCGAGCAGAGACGGAAAAGAAGCCUUGCAGCAGAUGCUGAUAUACAGUGGGAAGGGACGGCUGCUCUGGGCCCAAUCCUGCUGGAGGAGAACAUCCGGGGGGAAGGGCCCUCCCAGGUGCAUCCAGAACCAGCUCCUCUGGUCCGGACAGGUGAAGUGACUCAAGCAGCCUCUUAUUCAUCAAUAACCCUGCUGUGUGGGGUGGGUGCAGCGCUGGCGUUGGUGAUGCUAGUUUUCAUGGGUGCCGUCAUAUGCAGAAAACUACACAAACCCACUGGACACACUGUCUGUACUUGAUUUAAGACAAUAAAACAUUUGUAGCCAAGCCUUA